CCCAAGACAUGUCCAGCAUCCCAUCCAUCCAUAGAACCGGAUUCCGUUUUACCAGAGAUACCCUUGCCCCCAAGAAGUAUCCCGAGUACUUCUCCUGCACCAUCCAUGGUACCGCGCUGGAAGCCAAGAUUCUCUCUGCCGUGACCAACCUCAUCGACGAAAAGACCCAAACGGAGCGAUCUAGGAUGGUCAAAGAGAUGACACAGGAGACCCGGAAGGUCGACGCUCUGAAAUCCGAGAUCCUUUAUUCCGUCAACGGCCAGACCGACAAGAAGAUCCAAGCUGAGCGAGUCAACAUAGUCGAGGGGAUCACCCAGGAGCUACGGCAACUCGAAGCUGAUAUCGUGUCUUCUAUCGACGCUGCUGUCCAAGACAAGAUGCAAGCCGAGCGCACCAAAAUGGCGGGCGAGAUAACUCAGAACGUCCGGCAUGUCGCCGCUCAAGCAGCGGCAGAGGAGAUGGACAGGUUUAUCGAGGAGGUGAAGGCGGAGACGGAGGAGGACAAGGUGAUGGCUAUAACGAAUAGGCUAGAGGAUUUAAGCUUGGAUAUGGUAGAGAAG